AUGCCGUCAGCCUGGCAGAUACUGCCCUCUGAGUCGAAGGACUGGCGGACUCUAGAUGGCAUCUCGAACUUGCACCUCGCAAACGAUGUUGAGAAGCCCAAUCCGGGUCCAAAGACAGCUCUCAUCCGUAUUCGAGCUGCCGCCCUAAAUGCCAGGGACAUGAUGGUCGUUGCCCGGGACCCGAUUUACCAGAGUUUCGCUUCGCCAAAUCUAAGCCCAUGUGGAGAUGGAGCAGGGGAAGAUGAGUAUCUGCUUGCCGCUCCUUCGUCUCUUUCGUACGAAGAGUUGGCAGCAUUGCCCUGUGCUGCUGGUACAGCCGCAAAUGCCCUCUUCUUUGGCCCAAUGCCGCUUAAGAAGGGCAUGACUGUCCUUACACAAGGCACAGGUGGGGUUAGCUCGGGAGCAAUCCAGCUUGCAUCGGCCUGUGGUGCCACAGUCAUAGCAACAUCUUCAAGUGAUUCAAAGCUGGAGCUCGCAAAGAAGAUGGGAGCUUCACAUACAAUCAACUACAACACGACGCCCAACUGGGCGGAAGAAGUCCUACGAAUCACCAACGGAAAAGGGGUAGAUCAUGUGCUCGACGUUGGAGGUGCCGAUACACUGGAACAAUCUCUGCAAGCCACCAGGCAGGCGGGCCUGGUGUCCUUGAUAGGAUAUUUGUCGAAGCCAAAGACAUAUGAUAUCGUUCCUGCAAUGCUCUUCGGCGCCAAGACCAUUCGAGGCAUAUUUCAAAUACGGAAGGACAUGGUAGCGAAGGUGCUGAAGAUAUACGAUGAGAAAGGCCUUCACCCCCAGAUAUCGCACACGUAUGAAUGGGAGAACGCAAAAGACGCCUUUGCUGCGCUGGUGGCACAGUCUGGGGUCGGGAAAAUUGUCAUCAAAGUUGGGAAGUGA